GCAAAACUUAUAUCGCUUUGCCUUGGCUGGGGACUCUUACCUACUGCAAGAGGUCCAUUCAAGCUGUGCCGCUAAUUGAAAUUUCUAUGCGAUGAGUAUAAAUAAAACAUCACCAGGAAAGCUGCCUUUGUAAGGCUUGCUCUUUUGGACAAGAAAGUUUUGGCGCCGAGUCAGAGCAGGACUCAACGAAAAUGGCUGCCGAUCCCACGUUAAUAUUUCUACAUGAGAGCUUUGUGACAUUCAGCGACGCGCUGACAACGGAGGCGGAUACUUGGGCAUCAGAAGUGAACAACUGGGAGUCACGCAAGGCGAAGCUGCAGCAGCUGCAGGCAGGGUGGCAGGCUCGGGGCUUCCACGGGCCGGAGGCCUUGAGCACCAUCUCAAGGUAUCAGGGACACAUAAACUGGCAGACUAUGCCGCCCGACCAGUUCUCACGCUUCUACCGCUUCAUGUUCCACGUCUGCCGCGACCCCGGCAAGCGCAACAUCUCGAUGGAGUUGGCUGUAGCGGCCUGGCGGCUAGUGCUGGCGGGCCGGUUCAGACUACUGGAGCGCUGGUGCACCUUCGCGGCGGGGCAGCAGGGCACCAAGGUGGUCACGGAGGACACGUGGCGCCAGGUGUUGGACUUUAGCCGCACCAUCCAUGAGGACCUGUCCAACUACGACUCCGCCGGCGCGUGGGCAGUGCUGCUGGAUGAGUUCGUGGACGACAUGCGCACCUCACGAGGCGGCGGCAAUGGCGGCUGUGGCCGCGCCGGCCUGGCCCUGGGCGGCGGCGUCAGCGAGUUUGGCUUGGGCGGCGUGGUGGCAGGCGGCAUGCUGUGCGGCAGCGGCGGCAGCAGGGACAUGUACCUGGAGAGCCACCGCAGCGGCUCGGCGGCGGAGCUGGCUCGGUGCAGCAGCGGCGGCGGCGCGGGCCUGAGUGGCCUCGGAGGCGGGGACGGCAUGGGCUUUGGCGGCGGCCCCGGGGGCUUGCUGGGUAUUGAGGGCAUGACGGCGUUUGUGUCGUGUUUGUCGCCGAGGUGCGGCAACAAGCGGCGGGAGCCAGACGUGGACACAGUGGCCCAGCAGCUGUCAGCCAUACCGCUGGGCGGCUCGGUGGGCGCGGCACCGGGGCAGGGCCUGGCGGGGAGCGGGCUGCCGCCGGUGCCGCUGGCGGCUCCCGGCGGCGGCUCGGACGGGAGCGGCUGGUUGCAGGGGCACGGCGCCGUGGCCAUGCCGUGCGACCACCACACGGGGCCGAAGCGGCAGUGCUUUGAGCGGCCUUCGGCGGAGGCGCCGCCGCAGCUGCCGCUGCAGCCGCAGCAGCCCACAGCGCACUUCCCUACAGCCGCGCAUCCCGGCGUUGCGUGUGUUCACGGGGGUUCGGAGGCGCCGUGCGGGCCAGGCGGAUUCCUGCUCGGGGCAGCGCCGGUAGCGCCGGGCCUUGGCGCCUUCGCGCCGGGGCCAGGCUUCGGCGUGGCAGCUGGGCUGGGCGGCGGCAGCGGCUGCUUGGGAGCAGCUGGGGGCGGCGACAGGGCGGCGGGCGGCGGGCUGUGUGGGGGCAGCGGCGGUGCGACGCCCAUGUCUAGCAGUGGCGGCGCGGGCCAUGGUGGCGGCCACAUGUCGUGCUGCUCGGCGGGGUCAGUGGACAGCGACUGCGGCACUGCCGGGCCGGCGGGGUCGGCGGCGGCGAUGGACGGACUGCGGGACGCAAGCGGCUUGUGUACGGUGGCGACAGCGCACUCACAGCUCUUGCACCAUCACCAUCACCAUCACCAUCACCAGCAGCAACAGCAGAUGGGCGGGCGGCGGGCCGUCAAGGCACGGCGCUCAGGCGUGUCUGACAUUGUGCGGUCAGCUGUGUCGGACGCUCUGGGGUUUCAGUAGCUGGGACAUCAACGCAGGAUGCAAAGCUCGUGAUUAAUUGCAUGUAGUUUGGGCGCUUCGACGACUUGAAGUCGCGAUCGCGCAGGUUUAGACGAGUUUUCAUGUCAGUCUCAUCACCGCAUGCAAUGAGGAUGGCUCAGCAUGACCAGCCGCACUGCGCAGGCCCCACAAGCGCUGGCGGCAAGGUGGCGGUGGCGGUGGUGUUGGAAGAUGGGAGCGGGGCUACCGGAUGGAGGAGGAAAGGGAGUCUUCCCGAUUGCAAAUCGCACCGUCUAGCCUAGGUCCGUGAUGUGAGGAGCUGUCAGACCGGCAGUCUGUUUCAGUGCUAGCCCUCUUACACCAUUCCGGUUGUCGCGUGUUCUAGGCGUAGACCAAACACAUUGUUGCUUCGCGUGGGCACGCGGCGAGCGCGAGAGAGCCUCGGAUGCCGCCGGUCAGCUGGACAGUGGCAGUCCGCUGGCGUGGGUUGGGCGUAAUCUUCCAGGGCGUUACUAUGUCGGGAUGAUGCCGGACCUGUUACUGUG